CUCUCGCGCGCUCAAGGUUUUCCUGUUACAUUGUAAAAUGGCGCUCCGUUGAUACAAGCUUUCUGAUUUUCUUUUGAAGAUUCGUUUACGCUCUUUUUCUCAAGUAACUUUGCGCUGAACUCAUAAUGUAACCCACGUGCAAGUCAGCUACAGAUUGAGUGGGAGCGUUAUUUCAUUUACGAGCGUAAUUCGUCUUUGUAUACCAGGGUUGCUCGCUGCAGACUGGCUGCUAGCAUUUUAGCUAACUGUUUAACAUUGUCUGUGCAGAUUUUCCUUCAAACAGUUGCACAUAAACAACGGAGAUGGGCUAUUUAAAGCUAAUAGAGAUAGAAAACUUCAAGUCAUACAAGGGAAGACAAAUCAUCGGACCGUUUCACAAGUUUACGGCAAUCAUCGGACCCAAUGGAUCGGGCAAGUCCAACCUUAUGGAUGCCAUCAGCUUUGUGUUGGCAGAAAAGACCAGUAACCUGCGUGUUAAGACUCUGAAGGAUCUAAUCCAUGGAGCUCCAGUGGGGAAGCCAGCUGCCAACAGAGCUUUUGUCAGCAUGGUGUACCAAGAAGAUAAUGGAGAGGAACGGUCCUUUACUAGGGUUAUUAUUGGGGCCUCAUCUGAGUAUCGCAUCAACAAUAAAGUGGUUGGACUUCCUGAAUAUAGUGAGGAGCUGGAAAAACUUGGAAUUCUCAUCAAGGCCAGGAACUUUCUUGUCUUUCAGGGGGCUGUGGAGUCGAUUGCUAUGAAGAACCCCAAAGAGCGAACAGCACUGUUUGAGGAGAUCUCACGUUCUGGAGAGCUGGCACAAGAGUAUGACCGCCGAAAGAAGGAGAUGGUGAAAGCAGAGGAAGACACACAGUUCAAUUAUCAUCGCAAGAAAAACAUUGCAGCAGAGCGCAAAGAGGCCAAGCAAGAGAAAGAGGAGGCUGAGCGAUACCAACGCCUCAAAGAUGAGGUAGCCAGGGCAAGUGUACAGUUACAGCUCUUCAAGUUGUACCACAAUGAGGAGGAGAUUGAGAAGCUAAAUAAAGAGCUGGGUCAGCGAAACAAAGAAAUUGACAAGGACCGUAAGAAGAUGGACCACGUGGAGGAGGAGCUGAAGGAUAAGAAGAAGGAGUUGGGAAGGUUGAUGAGGGAGCAGCAGACCAUUGAGAAAGAAAUAAAAGAGAAGGACUCUGAGUUGAACCAAAAGAGGCCUCAGUACAUCAAGGCCAAAGAGAACACAUCGCACAAAAUCAAGAAGCUUGAGGCUGCGAAAAAAUCGCUCCAGAACGCCCAGAAGAUGUACAAGAAGCGAAAAGCAGACAUGGAUGAGCUGGAUAAGGAGAUGAGGGCUGUGGAGUUGGCCAAGCAGGAGUUUGAGGAAAGAAUGGAGGAGGAGGCACAGAGCCAGGGCCAGGACCUCACUCUGGAGGAAAAUCAGGUUAAGCAGUACCAUCGUCUCAAGGAGGAGGCUAGUAAGCGUGCCGCCACUCUGGCUCAGGAACUGGAGAAGUUCAACCGGGACCAGAAGGCUGACCAGGACCGCCUUGACCUGGAGGAGAGGAAGAAGGUGGAGACAGAGGCCAAAAUCAAGCAGAAGAUUCGUGAAAUUGAAGAAAACCAGAAACGUAUUGAGAAGCUAGAGGAUUACAUUACCACUAGCAGACAGUCACUUGAUGAGCAGAAGCGCAUGGAGGAGGAGUUGACGGAGGAAGUGGAGAUGGCAAAGAGGAGGAUUGAUGAGAUCAACAUGGAACUUAAUCAGGUGAUGGAGCAGCUGGGAGACGCCAGGAUCGACAGACAGGAAAACAGUCGACAGCAGCGUAAGGCAGAGAUCAUGGAGAGCAUCAAACGGCUCUAUCCUGGAUCUGUGUAUGGCCGCCUGAUUGACUUGUGUCAGCCCACUCAAAAGAAAUAUCAGAUUGCUGUCACUAAAGUAUUAGGCAAGAACAUGGACGCUAUCAUUGUUGACUCAGAGAAGACUGGUAGAGACUGCAUCCAGUACAUAAAGGAGCAGAGAGGAGAGCCAGAGACCUUCCUUCCUCUCGACUAUUUAGAGGUUAAACCAACAGAUGAAAAACUAAGAGAACUACGAGGGGCCAAGCUGGUGAUUGAUGUGAUCCGAUAUGAGCCGCCGCACAUUAAGAAAGCCCUUCAGUAUGCCUGUGGUAAUGCUCUGGUUUGUGAGAAUGUGGAAGAUGCGAGAAGGAUUGCUUUUGGAGGCCCUUACAGACAUAAGACUGUAGCCCUGGAUGGUACAUUAUUCCAGAAGUCUGGAGUCAUUUCUGGAGGAGCCAGCGACCUGAAGGCCAAGGCUAGGCGCUGGGACGAGAAGGCGGUAGACAAACUAAAGGAGAAGAAGGAAAAACUUACAGAAGAGUUAAAGGAGCAAAUGAAGGCAAAAAGGAAGGAGGCAGAACUGCGUCAGGUGCAAUCUCAGGCACACGGCCUGCAGAUGAGACUCAAAUACUCCCAGAGCGAUCUGGAGCAGACCAAAACCAGGCAUCUCUCCCUCAACAUGCAGGAGAAAUCCAAACUGGAGAGCGAACUUGCAAAUUUCGGCCCUCGCAUCAAUGACAUCAAGAGGAUUAUCCAAUCCCGCGAGCGAGAGAUCACUGACCUCCGGGACCGCAUGAACCUGGUGGAGGAUGAGGUCUUUGUUGAAUUCUGUAAGGAGAUUGGAGUAAGAAACAUUCGAGAGUUUGAGGAGGAGAAAGUGAAGAGGCAGAAUGAGAUUGCUAAGAAACGUCUUGAGUUUGAGACCCAGAAGACCCGUCUGGGAAUCCAGGUGGACUAUGAGAAGAACCAGCUGAAGGAGGACCAGGAGAAGGUCAUGAUGUGGGAACAAACUGUUAAGAAAGAUGAGGCUGAGAUAGAGCGCCUUAAGAAGGAGGAACACAGACACAUGAAAAUCAUUGAUGAGACAAUGGCUCAGCUUCAAGACUUGAAGAACCAGCAUCUCACCAAGAAAUCCGAAGUCAAUGAUAAAAAUCAUGAAAUGGAGGAGAUUCGCAAAAAACUUGGAGGCGCUAACAAAGAGCUAACCCAGCUACAGAAGGAGGUUACUGCCAUUGAGACCAAAUUGGAGCAGAAGCGCAGUGACCGCCACAACCUGCUGCAGGCCUGCAAGAUGCAGGACAUCAGGUUGCCACUUCGCUCUGGAACAAUGGACGAUAUCAGCCAGGGAGAAGGGAGCUCACAAACGGAUGACUCCAGCAGUCAGAGGACGUCCAGCAGCGUUUUGGCUAAAGAAGCUCUAAUAGAAAUCGACUACAGCAACCUGUCCGAAGAUCUGAAGGAUGCAUUGUCGGAAGAGGAGAUAAAAGCAGAAACAAACACACUGCAGCAACGUCUGAAUGAGCAGCAGAGCAUCCUGCAGAGGAUCAGCGCACCCAACAUGAAAGCCAUGGAAAAACUUGAGAGUGUCAGAGACAAGUUUCAAGAAACCAGUGAUGAGUUUGAGGCCGCUCGUAAGAGAGCCAAGAAGGCAAAGCAAGCCUUUGAGCAGAUCAAGAAAGAGAGAUUUGAUCGCUUUAAUACCUGUUUUGAAUCUGUGGCCACCAACAUCGAUGAAAUCUACAAAGCUUUGUCACGUAACAGCAGUGCCCAGGCAUUUCUGGGCCCAGAAAACCCAGAGGAGCCAUACCUGGAUGGCAUUAACUAUAACUGUGUGGCUCCUGGGAAAAGAUUCCGACCCAUGGACAACCUGUCUGGAGGAGAGAAGACGGUUGCUGCCCUGGCUCUGCUUUUUGCUAUUCACAGCUACAAACCUGCACCCUUCUUUGUCCUGGAUGAGAUUGAUGCUGCUCUGGAUAACACAAACAUUGGCAAGGUGGCCAACUACAUCAAAGACCAGUCAGUGGAGAACUUUCAAGCUAUUGUUAUUUCUCUGAAAGAGGAGUUCUACACCAAAGCUGACUCUCUAAUAGGCGUUUAUCCAGAGCAAGGAGAUUGUGUCAUCAGCAAAGUGCUCACCUUUGACCUCUCACAGUAUCCAGAUGCCAACCCAAACCCAAAUGAGUGACUUAAGAUUGCUCAGUACCAUGUUUCAUAUAGCUCAGAGUUACAGAUCAUAUUUUCUGUAGGUCCUCUAUUUUUCUUUUUCUCCGAACUGUUGUAUUUUUAUGUUGUAGAUUAGCCCAUAAACCUUCUGUUGCUGUGAUAGGGGAUGCUUUUUGUUGCUGCAGUAAAAGCUAAGAUGUCUGUACAUUUAAUGAAAACAGACCUUUCUCAAUUCGGACAUUAUCAUUCAUUAUUUUAAUAAAGUAUAUGUAGUAAAAUGAUAAUGAAACUUUUUAACAAACUGUGGAAUUUAUACUUUGUGGUAAAAUGUAAUGCAUUUAAAAUAAGCAAGACCUUUUAUACUGUUUAUGCUUUUAAUUGCUUUUUCCUUUUUUUGCUUAAAGCUUUUUUCUGUCCUCUGUUGUGUUUCCCCAAACAUUAAUUGCAUUUUAUUUCUGUACAACUUUUUUACUUAAUCAGGAGCAUUUAGUCGUUUUGUGCUGGGUACAUUCCUUGGUGUGAUGUCUGAAUAAAAGCUGCAAUUAAAAGUGCAGUCAGAUAAUUUGGAGCUUUUUGAAGGCAAACAAGUGUAAUUAUGUCAAAAGCACCCCAUGAUUUGGUCCUAAAGUAAGCAUAUUGUCUGAAAUCACGUCUGCAUAAAUGACAUGAUUCUAUCUGGUUGGUUGCCUUUGCUUUAAUAAAUCUAAGGUGAAUUAUU